GCGAUUCGAAGCCUGGGGAGUGUGCAUGAAAGUGUCCAUGUUCUACCGCUUAUUUCAAUUAAAUGGGAUUUACUGUGUUUAAGGGCUGAAAAAAGAUGCAGCGGUUGGCCUGACAUGGAAUGUUGAGUUCACGCUAUGGCCUCAUCGGCUCCCAAGUCGAAGCUGUGCAGCUACAAACAGCGGCGUAUGGGACCCGCGCCCUUUGCCUCAUUUGAGGACUUAAGCGACGACGUGGAGAGCCCCGAGGAGAAGCAGCCUCAGGCCCGGCCCUUGCCAGGGAUCAGGGAAGACGUGACUCUCAUCUCACCCGGCUCUGCAGGAGGUGGGUUGCAGACACCGUCCACGCCUCGGAUAGACAUCUCGCGGGCAAGCAGUUCUUCUCACCACGACAGCAAUAACAGCAGGGACAGCUCCCCAGAGAGGGAGCUUUUCGAAGGUUCCGGUGAACGAUCAGGUGCCAAGCUCGGACUGGGUUUCAAGGAGGAGGGUGCAGCUGAUUUACGAUCGAGCACAGAGGAGCUGGACUUCCACGAAGAACAUGGCACAGUCACAGAGCGCGAGACACAGCGACGACGGGAGCGGCGGCUUGCGAGACAACAGCAGCAGCAGCAACAGGCGUCAGUGUUCAAAUAUGAACUGGAGGCCCAGAGUGAGAAGGAACGCAAGGACUCAGCCUGCAGUGAUGUAGCACUGCUCUCCAUCAGUGGCCGCACCAGUCGCCUGUCCUCCAUUGGCUCUGGUGGUUCAGGUGCCUCCCACAUCUCUGGAAUGUCGCAUCUCUCCGUGGUGUCUGGCCAGUCUAUCACUUCCAGUGGGCGCUCCCCUUCCCCCCACAAAAUGUUGCUGGAGACCUCUUUCUGUGGCAGCAAGCCCAUCCCCACACAGAGUAUAGAUAUAGAGUCACCACCCAAUAAGCAUGAGACGGAGUCCCUUGAGAAGGCACUGCUGUCCAGACAAGUUGAUCCAACCAUAGCCAUUGUUGGGGAUGUAAGAGUCAAGGAGGCUGUGAAGAAGAAGAAGACUAUAGCCGAGGCCAAAGAGACGCCACGAGUGGAGCAUGUGCAGAAAAAGUCUGAACCUGAGGACAGAGCCAUGAUAGACAAAGAGACAGUGCGCAUGGAGGAUGUGCAGAAGAAGAGAAUGACUGAAGAGAGAACUUUGAGAGAAAAAGAGCCACCUCGCAUGGCAUUUAGAAAUGAAUGGCAACUAAGAGACCGUGAUGAGUGGGGCCCUCACACAAAGCAGAAGCCUGUGACAUUAAACCUGUCAGAGCAGGGCAAGAAGCCCAUCACCUUCUCACAGCUGGUGCAACAGCAGCAGCAUCAACCAGCUGAGGUGACUCCAUCUGCUUCUCCAAAACUGUCACGCCAUGUGGCCCACAAGAAGACUGACGACAGUGGAUCGCGGACUCCCUCUCCAUCUUCCACCUCUCGGAAGAGCUCUUUCACGAACUUGUUCAAACGCAACGAGAGUGGCGUUCCAAGUCCAGAGUCACCUACUGUGGUGUCAAGUAAGAGGAAGUCAAGUGGCCUCUCCACAAUUUUAAAAGAGGCGAGUGAGGGGCUGCGGGAGAGGAGCCGGUCCCGUAGUAAGAGUCGUGAGCGUGUCACAUCAGGUAUGACAGUGGCGCCCUCUGACACCAAAGGAAAGAAGGACAACAAGAACAAGAGUGUAUUCUCAUCGCUCUUCAAGAAGCGUGAUCGCAAGAAGGGGACAAAAGACUUAGAGGGAGAUGUUGUGUCACCUGUGGACCUCUCUUCACCUGACCAGAAGUUAUCUAUUAUAGAACCAAUUGGCAAUGUAGAAUUCACAUUCAACUCAGACGGGAACUAUCAACCCUCAGAGUAUGGCAUGAUCCGUGCAGGGGAGAGGCAGCGACUCAGGUUAUCACAAGAGCAUGAGGAUCGUGUUUCCAGAGAGGCUCGUGUGGUUUUGGAUGGUAGUGCAACCAAAGACGAUCAUGCUCUCCGUAAAGAUCAUGCAGCCAAGAAUGAUCAUUUUGCUGUAAAUGACUUGUCUAGUCGAGAGGAUCGUGUAGCUAAAGUUGAACUUGCCUCUCAAAAUGGCCGUGUUGCAGAAGUUGUUAUUACACAAGGUGACCGCAAUGGCAGAGCUGAUCUUGCCAAUCAGAAUGGCCGUGUUGUUAAAGUUGAUUGUGUUGCUAGAAUCGACCAUGUCAGUACAGAUGACUGUCUAACGAAAGAAGAUCAUCAUCCUCAAAAUGAGAGUUUGCUGCCUUCUGAAUCAGUAAUGCUUCCAACUCUGUACCAGGAUGAAGUGGCCCGUGGCCACACUAAUUCACUAACUCUGGCCAACUCACAAAGCCAAUCUAUGCCUUCUCAGGAGGAUUCCAAAGUGACAGCACUGGUAGAGGUACCAGAUUCUACCAGCAAAACGGACCACCACUCCUCUGAGUCUGAGAGGGACUCUGAAGUGGAGUACCUAAGCACCAAGAAGAAGAAGAAAAAGCAACAACAUCAACCAGAGAUAGAGCCUGAAGAAGAGGACCAUGAGCGGAAAGGCCUGGUGGUACAGCAGGAUUCGUUUGAAGAAGAAUUACCUUAUGUACCUACCACAUUGCCACAGGAGCGAUCCGUGGCUGUGCCCAUGGUUCCCAUCAAACAGCGCAUAGCUGAAGUGAAGACUUGCCCCAUUGAUCGCCCACGAAGCACCACACCCAUCAAUCCGUCCCUGCUAGAUGACUAUGUGCAAACUGAAGAUGUUCGUGAACAGGCUGUCGAGAAGAUGCGGAUCUGUCUCCCACGAGAGGAUUCUGUUAGUGGGCGAGCCAAAAGUCCACGGCGCAUUACCAAGACCUGGUUUGAGUUUGCUGAGCAAGGUCUGCAGAGUCCACGUGAGUACCGCAAGCCAUCUCUGUCACUGUCUUCUGAAAGGAGUACGAUGUCACCAUCUCCACCCCCACCACCUCUUCCUCCUCGUGCCCAGCCGACACCACCACUCCAGACUCCGCCUCCAAAACCCACAGGGUGGAUCAAUUUUGAAGAGAUCCCAGAAAAACGGAGACCUCCAAAACGGAUCCAAACCAUCCCUUCAAGGGGAACCCUGGACCUGCCCUCAGAUUGUGCCAAGCCAGUGGUAGCAGAAAAGACUGUGUACAGUUAUGUGAACCCCGAGGAGUGUAAGUGUGAGUGCCACGAGACAGCUGGGCAGGGUGCAAGACAGCAACUUGCAGCACCACCUCCACCACCAGCACCACAGUGUUCACACAGUGGCACUAUAGCCACAAAUGGGCAAUCUGACAUAUCCCACCUUGAUGUGGACUCUACAGGCGACCGGCAUUCUUACAUGAGUGACUCAUCGUUUGAGUACCCAAGCCCAUAUAGCCUAGGCGAUAAUGCUGAUUACUCUGAGGGUUUGAAGCCAAUGAAACCAUUUGGCAUGGAUCUAGACAUCACCAGCAACAGGAGCAGUAUCAUUUCGCAGGAUGAACCCCAAUCACCAGAACUUGGUUCACCAAAUGGCAAUGAAAGUUAGCUCUCAUGAAUCAGACUGUUGAAUUACUUGUUUUCUACAUCAUGAUAGCUGUUUUGUUGUUUCUGCUCAAACCACGAACCAGGGUGACCACACUGUAGAAUAGCUCAGUCAUGGCGUGUAAGUCUCUUGUCUUUCAAGAACAGCAACUUAGCAAUCAUCAUCAUCAUCAUCAUCUGUCUGUCUGUCUGCCUAUUACUUUGUUUUCAGUGCUGUACAGGCAAGUCUGAUAGUUUAUGGCACUCUGAGAUGGAACAGGAUUUCCCAAGUGAUUCUUCCAGUUGUUGCAACUGCCAGAUGUUCCAAGUACACUUGAAUUUAUGUAAAGUAUAGAUCAAGCAUGGAGUUUGCAGCACUUAAAUACACCAGUCAUUUACAUAUACUGAGAGUAAUGAUUGUCUGACGUUUGUAUAAAACAUGACUAGAUCCAGCUUAACUUUUAUUAGCCUGGAAUGGAGGAUUCUAAAUACCAUUGUACUACAAGGUUAGCAGUCAGAUUUUGACUUCAGAGUAAUGGUUUUCUAUUGAAAAAUGCAAUGAUUGGCUGGCUGGAUCACACACCUGCACCAUUACGAGUAUAACAGCGCAAUGCACAGAUAAGAAAGAUUAGCAGACAAACUAAAGAAUAUUACUGUUUUCUGGGCGCUGAUACCAAGUAGUCUGCUAGAUAUUUACCAAUAUCUGGAAAAAUACAUGCUGUCUCCACCCUCAAGGUUGCAAGUCAAGACAGCACAUUCCACUGAAACAUCAGUAAUGUCCAAGGGACUAAAAUAACACCACAUCCCAGAAAAAUUUAAUCUCCAUGGAGAACCUCAAAUGUUAACAAUUAAUGAUGUUUUCCUUUUUAUGAACACUUGUUAUGUCAGAAUUGUUCCAUAAUAAAUAUUAUGCAGAAAUGGAUAUCACUUAAAAAAGAAUAUAGAACAUGUUCCAUUAGGGUGAAUUUGAGCAAUUUCUAAAUUUCACUGGCCCUCACAUUGGUGCUGCUUUGAAGGCUUCCAAUCUGUUUUUCUUUGUGUAGGAGAAAUAUGCAUUGUUGUAAAUUAGUUUCCAAGCUGAUUAUGUUAUGUCACGAUUGCAGUUAGUACAAAACUCUUCUGUUAGAUGGAGGUAGAGUGGAAUCUGGUGAGUCAUUUGCCAUUCAUUUUGGAGUUGCAGCUUGUGACACUCAAGGCAACAGCUUGUGAAGUGAGGUUGUGCAUUGCACCCUCUGUGAUUUUCUUCUUGUCAGAAUAUGACUUAUUUUGGUGUGUGGAGCAGUUUGGGGAAUGUUGUUUAGGGUUAGUUGACAGUUCAAACCUGUAUUUCCAAAAAAUUACGUGCAAAAUUCUACUGGUUUGUGCAUACCACACUGACUAUGUAUUCAGGCCUAAAUUCAAGCGUAUCUUCUGCAUUAAGAUAUUUAGACUGAAAUGGGUCCACAAAGUGUUUUGUGUGGGCUAGGAGUUUCUUUUUGGGUGAUUUAGUUUUCAGAAGUUUAUUCUAUUUGCUUAACUCUGAUUACAUAAAUACCUAAUGACAGUCUGUAAAUAUUUUAUAUUUCUCUAGUGGCACACAGGAAAGUAAUGUCUGGGAACUGAUUAUCUGGAAGAUUUAUCAGAAGUCAGUAUUUUUCUACUGUAGAGAUACUUUUAUAAAAUAUAUUGUUUUAUAUAUAUUUUUCUGUUGAUCUUGAUUGAACCCUGAAUUUUCUUGACUGCAGAAUUCUGUAGGUAAACAAAAUGCUCUUCUUGAGUGCUAUAUUAAUAUUUAAAUCUAGAAAUGAAGAUGUUGGUUCAGGAACAAAGCUAGGGUAGGAAAGCUUCAUUGAGUCAAUAGCAGAAUGAAACCUCAAUAAAUUUGGACUGUAAAUUCUUACAUGGUUUCUGAGUACAAAUAACUCCCUAGAGUUCAUCACAGCUUGUCAUGUUGUAAGAAAUACGCUUCGUUUUAUUGGUUAUAUUAAAAUUCUGUCAUUACCAAGGCUGUAUAGCAUCAAAUGGUAGGAUCAUAGAUGAAUGAUGACUUGUGAAAGAAGCGUUGGCCUAAUCAAGGUACUAUCCCAGCAUUUGAUGGGAGCGAUAACCACAAAAAGCCUCAGUGAGGAUAACCUGCAUCCAGACUGAGCUCAUGGCAAAUGCUAUGUCAGAACGCAUGGUAUUACACUUGUUUUACUUGGUUCAAAUAAAUUUACAUCAACGUGGCUGUCAGUAGCCUUCUAGGUUGGUGCUAAUCUAUGAAACUACAUUGUGCCAUGUUCCAGAAUACUGUAAUGUUGAUGUUCACUGACGUAGUAACCUCUAGCCUUAUCAAGAAGUACAGAUAGCGCUGUCAGUUUAGUGACUGGCUAAUGGCUGGAUGACUGGGGGUCAGAUUUCA